GAUCUUUUCUGAAUACAGGUGUUUACUCUGCUUCAAAAGCCGAUGCCUUGACUGAGCUUGCGCUGUACUUGGAAACGGUAUAAAUAGCUCAAACUGUGGAUAUUUUUCAAUCAUUUCAAGACUGAGAGAGAAGUGAUCAAGGAUAACUCAGAUGACUGCCUUUGCCAAUUUUGUGUUGGUUUCGUUGUGUCUGGCAGCUUUAAUACAGCAAGCUGAAUCCGUCUGCUGCGGCGCGAAAUUUAAAUAUUUGGGGGGGAAUAUCUGCGCAGACUGCACAAAGUCAACCCCUUACUGUUCGUAUGGAAAAUGUAACAUAUUUGGCUGCGCAUGCGCAAGUUCAUGUAGAGAGGACUGCGGCAGCGAGAUCACAGAUGUGAAGAAGAGUGGAUGGUUCGCAACGCUUAAAUAUACCGUUACCUGUCAUUGCAAGAACGGGAAAAGGGCCGCCAAUGAUGUCGUGUUUGACGACAUGGACGCCAAUGAUGACGGCAAGAUUGACCACCAGGAGUUCAAUCCUGAUCUGCAAUAGCUCUGAAGUACACCAGGAUGAAAAGCGCAGCACUGUUUCCAUCCUUAUUUGACAUUUGGAAAAUCAUUGGGAAUCGAUCUUUCUUAAGAAAUUGACUUUCGAAAUUCAAAAUUAGGAUUUGAAAUUAUGUGAGACAUUAGUGCUGUUUAUAUGAAAUUCAGAUACCAGAAUGCUGUUUAUAUGAAAUUCAGAUACCAGAAUGCUGUUUAUAUGAAAUUCAGAUAGCAUCGCAACCG